AUGACUCGUGAUAUUCACGUAGGCAUCGUGGGUGCCGGUAUCGGUGGCCUGGCCGCAGCCAUCGCACUUCGCCGUGCAGGCGCUCGGGUGACGGUACUGGAAGCCGCUGAGGAAUUGGGAGAAAUCGGUGCUGGGAUUCAAAUGACACCCAAUGUCUCUAUCCUACUUCAGCGAUGGAAAGUUGCCGAUGUCAUUGGAGAGAACCUCGUGCAAUUCGAGGAACUCAAUAUGCGACGAAAGGAUGGAACGCUCGUGGGACACACAGAGAUUGCCACGCUGGAACAUAACUUGAACCGUCCGUGGUGGGUUGUUCAUCGUGCACACCUCCAUGAAGGUCUCGCAACAAUCACCAAAGAACAUGGCGCACAGAUCCAUAUAGCGUCUCGAGUCGUCCAUGUCGACUUUGACAAGACUGAGCAAGUCACUGUGGCGACUGAUAAAGGGUCCAAGUAUACCUUUGAUCUUGUAAUAGGCGCCGAUGGAAUCAAUAGUAUUGUGCGAAAGGCGCUGUUUCCCAACGUUGCCCCCGAACCACCUACCACAAACUGCGCAUAUCGUGCAAUUGUCCCUUAUGAGCAGAUCCGCAAGGACCCGAUAUCAAAGACACUCAUCGACAAACUCACGAUGGAGGUCUGGAUGGCUCCAAACGCCUAUAUUAUCACAUACCCCAUCAGCGCUGGGAAGGACUUUAACCUGGUCUUGUCUCAUCAUCGGCCAGAAAAACUUCGAGCAACCGAGAGUGACGUCCCCAUUGAAGAAAUGUAUCGGGAAUACAAAGACUUUGAUCCUCGGAUCCAACGGAUUGUAAACAUGAUAACCGAAACGUCUCGAUGGCCACUCAUGGUUACCGGCCCGCUCAAGAGCUGGUCUUCGCCGAAGAAGAAUGUCGUGCUAAUGGGCGACGCCGCGCAUUCCAUGGUCAACCAUAUGGCUCAAGGCGCAGCGACGUCGAUGGAAGACGGGGCCUUCCUAGCCAAAUGCAUCGGAUCUGUCGUGCAGGGCAAACUCAAGCUGCAAGAAGCGAUAUCACUAUACGAGCAAGAACGAAUGCCAAAGGCGUAUGCUAAGCAGCAGGUCUCGUUCAUCAACGGGGCACUGUGGAUGCUCCCUGAUGGGCCAGAGCAACAGGCGCGCGACCGGUCAAUGGCGCCGGAGCUCGAGGGCAAGUAUUAUGUCCGAAGCGCGAACCUGUACGGCGACCCCCAGACUGUUCUUGACGUCUAUGGGUACGACGUCGAGGCCCAUGCCGACGAAGCUGUGGCCAAGUAUUUGAACGGCGGGAAAGAGCCGGCUCAUCCUGUGACGGGGGUGACGCCUGCGAUGCAGGAAAAAUACAUGGGUUGGAUGUUGGAGGCGAGGGGGCAGAGCAAGCUGUGA